GAGAAAGCGACAGGUGUUUGACGCAGAAGUGAACAAAUGUUUACAGAAACGCUAAAAAUCUAUCUGCAAACCCGCACUGGUGGACAAUGAGGAAAUGUUAUCUUGAACCACAAGGUUAUUUUUCGUGAGAAGACGGCACGUGGAAUUGGCCACAUCCUGACAGACGAGAACCAUGAGGUGGAACAAACAGAUCGACGUCAGCCGGACUCUGGCUGUGGCUGGCUUCUUCAACUUCCUGUGUUCGUGCGCCAACAGCUGCCUGCUUCCCUUCCUCACGCUCUACUUCCGACAGCUGGGCCUGACUCCCGCCAUGGCCGGCAUCGUCAUGGGAACCAAACAUCUCAUCGCUUUGGUCUGGUGUCCGCUCUCCAGCCUGCUGGCGGAACACUACAACAAGCGGCGUACGGUAAUCAACGCCUCGAUCGCGUCCUCGGCCCUGGUGGUUCUGAUCGUGCUGCUUCUGCCUCCUGCCGAUGUCAGCGCCGAGCUCAGAGCCUGCAACAUGUCAGAUCUGAGAUCGGAUCACCUUCUGAUCACCACCAAAGCUGCUGCUGCUGCUCCUCCAUCCACGUUCAUGACCCCCGAGAGCAGAGCUGCUGUCACUCAGGCUGUGUUUGUGACAAACAAUCUCACUCUUAAAUCUCAUCCAGAACAGAACCGAUCCAGCCCAGAUCAUGGGUUUCAGCCCAACAUCCCUACAGCGUCUGUUUCUCACAGCUCUGCGUCUCUGGUUAGAAAGAAGAGGUCCUAUUUUCCUUAUGAUCUCCAGGAGAAGAAUGCCAAAGGACCUUUGGACUUCUUAGCUAAACUGAAGAAGAUGGAUGCCAAGGACCAGAGCUUCUUCCUGGUCCUCAUCAUCGUGUCAGCGUGGGAGCUGGUGUCGGCCCCCCUGGAGUGGACGGCCGACGACGGGCUGCACGAUCAUCUAGAUUUCGCAGAUGCAUCGGACCGCUACGUCGGCAGCAGUCGGACCGGAUGGUGGGGUCUCCUCGGAGCUGCGGUCGGUGUUGGGGGGUCUGGGUUGCUGGUCGACCACCUGAAGUGCCACGUGGUCCGACACAUUCCCAGGAGCGCCGUGCACUUCUUCUGCUACUCGGCUCUGGCUGCGCUCAUCCUGCCUGUGGCCAUGUUCCUUCCUCUGAGCCUGAAUAAAAAGCGGGAGAAGUUGCACCGGAUGGUCAAAGCCAUGCAGCUGGUGCACGGCUCACCGCGCGCCGUCCUCUGCCUGGCCACCACCUUGCUGUUUGGGAUGGCCAUCUCCACUGCUGACAACUUCCUCCUCUGGGAAAUGCAGGACCAGGGCAGCACGGAGCUUCAUAUGGGGCUCACGUUAGCCGCCGCCCUGCUAGCUCAGGCCUGCUACCCCUUCAUGGCCGCGCGCGUCUCUCGACUCCUCAGCUCAGGUCGGUUGCUCACGGUGGGAGCCGCCAUUCUUGCCCUCCAAGUAUUCUACUACUCCUUCCUCUGGGGCCCGUGGGCCGCUCUGCCUGCUCAGGUUAUGAGCUGCUUCAGCGUCGGGGGGUUCUGGUGGGCUGUGAAGAUCCAGUGCAAUGAGGUCGCGACCCCCGGAGCUGAGCGGAGUGUGAGCAGACUCUAUCAAUCGCUGGCCCUUCAUCUGGGCUGCAGCUUUGGGAGCUUCGCCGGGGGAUUCCUGGCCCAUAAGGUCGGACUGCUGUGGUCGUUCAGAGGCGUGGCGCUGGUGCUGAUCCUCUGGUGCGCCUCUCUGCCUUUCCUACAGUUGAAGGCGCCGCGUCAGCACAGGAUCAAUUACUCCAGACUCCUGGCAGCUGAUGCCAGUGAAGCCAGCGACUCUGGGUCGGACCAGGAGCGGGACUGGCUGGAUAAAGCCCUGGCCGACGAUCGUAGCAAUAACAACUAUGGAAGGAGGAUCAACCACUGAGUGCCGCCAGUGACCAGCGAGGACAACCACACUCUCAACGUGCCUUUUCUGAGCAAAUUAAACCCGUUUCAAGGCUGUUUUAGCUCACGCUAGCUAAGUGACUGCUGGGGUCAGUGAUAUGAUGCAGCUGGAAACAAUGAACUUUUUGUAAAACAAUUGAUUGAUCUUUAUGUGAAGAAAGGUAAUGUGCCAAACUAGUGUGACCAGAUGACAAACUGGUCAAAUUCAACCUUUAAUUUAUUAUUACUGUCAUAUUUACAACUACCCGAUAGUCAAACGGAGAAUGAAUAAUGAUGUGCUGGAAAACACCUUGCAGUCACGGCUCGAAAAAAGUGCGGCAAAGCUGCAUAAAAACAGUUCGAGCUGCUCUCUGAUUGGCAGGUUUUGAUGCAGCCUCCCACGCAAACAAAGUCAUGUCUGUGCCAUCACCAUUCAUUUGGAUAAACAUUGGUGACAUGAGCGAUGAAUGUGAGGUGAUAUGCAACUUUCAAUGGUCGAUUAUAAAUAAGAUGUAUUUGUUUAUCUUCAUUACUCUCAGUAACUUGGGGUAGUUCAUAAAAAGUAUUGUGCUAAGUGUAUCCAGUGCUUCAAACCUUCACUCAGCUGUGUAUUUACUCAGGAGGUGUGUGACUCUCACGUAACGGAGGGGAACUGAGGAUCUUGCUUAUGGGUUGCAGUGCUGCUGGUCAACUCUUUAUCCUAAUAACAAACACGAUGAAUGUGUGAACUGUGGAAAUGUUGCGCCUCGGUUGCAGUGAGACUUGAUGAGAGCCGCCUCUCGCUCCAGAAGAAGAGGUCAGUGAACGCAGCGCAGGACAGUGUGGGUGGAGGACAAACACAGCUUAGCUUCUUCAGACAUCACAACCCGACUUCACCGUGAGAGUAAAUACAAGACGUGUGCACAAGGUGGGGUGGAACAGUUGGCAACAUCCUGCUUCACCGCACCCAGCUGAGCCUCUCGAAGCCUUUCAGACCCAUCUUCCCGAAACAAAUGCCGAAUAUCUGAGCUGAAGAGUGUUGCCUGUUGUUUGCCUGUUGCACAUGGAAAUGUCUCUGUUGAUACUUAACCUAAAUAAACCUUGGCAGGAAGCGGCUCUGCUCUGUCAAGAACAGGUUUUUGUGUUCACCUCGGUUGAGCUUCUGUUUGAUGAUGUCUGUCGAUCACAUGAAGCGAAUUCGUGCCGCUGCUCCUUGUGGUGCCGACACUGCAUCUCAUGCUGCUUUUGACUUCUUUGAAAUUCCUGGCUGAAAGUGUCAGUUGUAAAUAUCGAGUACUCUAAUGUCUGGGACUUUGUCAGGGAAGCUGUUCACAGAUGAAUGCCAUCUAUUCUCCUGUGCCACCGUCGAGCAGCCGACCAAACACUCAGCAGGUGUCUGUUUCACUGCUAGAAUGAAUAAAUAAGUUGACGUGUCUGGAGGAGGCAGAGCGUCCUGCUUUUGUUUUGUAUAUAUUAAAUAGAAUAAACUACAUUUGUCAUU